UCUAAACAAAUAUAUGUGUGGAGAGGGGGAUUGGUGAGUUGGGAAUAUUAGGUGGAUCCAUGCAUGAGGAUCUCCAUAUUAACUCCAAUGCAGAGGCGUUACACCUUCCUGCUAAAACAUCUGCCUCUCUUUCACAACUUCUCUAAACUUUUCAUCUGUAUUCACUUCAUUGAUCAAAACAAACACGCAAAAGAGAAUUUGAUUUGACUUCGUUUUACAAUGGACAAUUAGAGCCAAGAUCUGUGGGUAGAGCUGUAGCUGCUCAAUCCAAGUCUGGACCCACAGGAAUUCCCUUUUGUUUUUUACUCUCAUUUGGAUUCUUUUCAAGAACUUCUCUCAUAUCUUCAUUUCAUUACCUUGAUUCCCACAACAAUUCUCUGUUCUAAAGCAAUGGAGGCUCAAAACCAUGCCACUGAUGAAUCUGUCUCCUCUGGGCCUUGUGUGGAUUUUCAGCUCAACUUCAAGAACAACCCAAGUAACCAUGAUACCACUUCUGCCAAUUCCUCUAAUGUGGGCUUGGGAUUGGAACUGGGAUUGGGAGCAGCUCAUUCAGAUCAAGAUAGCUAUCAUCAAGCCUAUCAAAACAGUAAUCCAGGCCUUGGAAACUUCUCUCCUCUCCAGGAUUUGUCUCUAUCUCUUAACAUGCGUUCCACCGGCACCAGCCCACAUCGCAUCAACAUUACUCACGUUUAUCAGAACUGGGUAAGACGGCAGCAGGCACACUCCCACAAUCCCAUGCCUUUCAGGCUGCAGUCCAGGACGAAUUCGUACCAUGAUGAUCGACCCGAAGCACCAAAACCUAGAAAGAGAGCUCGAGAUGAUGAUGCUGCUCUAACGCAUUGCACCAUUAGAGAGUCGUCGUCGUCACAGACUUCUCUAUACACGAAGGGUGGAACUGGGAAAUUUGGGAGAAUGAAGAAUCAAUCGGCUCAUGUUUCGUCUUUAAUUGCUGCGAAGAGGAACCCAUCGGAUGGCAGGCCUACCAACUCUGUUUAUGAUACCAUGUUUGAAGAAGUUGGUCUACCAAUGGAUCCUCAUCUCCGCCUCUUUUCCCCCCUUUAAUUUUCAUGAUCUCUUAUAUUUAUAUCACUUAUGUACGAACAAUUUUACUCCAUUCGAAUGACGCACUUCAUAGAUUGAUACAAGUUCACGAUUUUCCAUGUAUG